CCACCGACCGGCCGUGCGAUCGCGCGCGCCCGCUGCACACAAUUUUUGUUGGCGCGUCCAUUACAAAGGAGCCUCCGCGAUUCAAGAAAACACGCGCGGCCAUCACAAGUUGCUGCCGCGUGUUACAUCAAGAAGCCUCGUUAACAAGAUUCGAGCCGGAUACAACUUUGAACAUCGUUUCAAGACAAAACGGAACAAAGGAGUAUAUCGACAUUGGCGAGGUCAUUCGAGAAACAUCGAGACACGGAUUGCUUCGCGGCGCGUCGGCAAACGGCGUGAAUCAUACAAAUUCAAGACAAGACUACAACAAAUCAAGAAAUAUUGCUGUGUUGUGCCAGUUUUUACGAAUACAGUGCAAAUCAUUUUGAUUUUAUAAAUUCCAGCGAUCCGACGCCAGACCACGCCGCGCGGCCGCGUGGCUAGCUGCAGUCGCGCCUGUCCUUUCUGCUUCGCAUUGCUUCUGUCGCAACUUCUCUGCUUUAAGUAUUGUUUUGUAUUCUUCCCUUUUUUCUCUCACGCUAAUUUUGCUAAUUAUUAAUUGAUUUCAGUUGAAAAAUUUGAAAUUGAUUUCGGUUGGUGUCAUUUGCUUAUUUAUUUGCACGAUGGAUAUUAAAUCAUUAAAGAAAACUAGAUCUAGCCAUAAGGCGAAGCUUACCAUAUUUAAAACAUAUAUAGAUUCACUUUUGCCUAGUAAAAGGGUCAAUGAGGUACAAGCUUUUGAAUUAAAGGCUCGCUUAGAUAAAAUUCUAGAUUUAUACAAUGAGUUCGAUUCAGUUCAGACUGAUUUAGAAAGUCUUGUGGAAAUUUCAGAUGAUGAACACAAGGAAAGAGAGAUUUUCGAGAACAGCUACUUCGGCUGCGUGGCUUUUGCGCAGAAGAUGCUCAGCGCUGCCUCUGCGGAUCAGGAUGCCGGGUCGGUGACGGGUUCUAAUAUUAACACUGGACCGUCUGGUAGGCCAAACAUUAAAUUACCUACUAUAAAUUUGCCGAUCUUUUCUGGACGCUAUCAGGAAUGGCUAGAAUAUCACGACACUUACAAAUCCCUUAUACACGACAACACAACCAUUCCCAAAAUCCAUAAGUUUCACUACUUACGAAAUACAUUAAAAGAGAGCGCUUCACAUAUUAUUAAAUCCCUAGAGUUCUCCGCUGAAAAUUAUGACAUAGCAUGGGAUCUGUUAUGCGAUCGAUAUAAUAACGAUCGAAUUUUGGUCAAUAAUCACAUACAAGCAAUAUUUAACAUACCACCAAUAGUUCAAGAGUCUUCCAAGGCUUUAAGAAGUACAAUAGAUUCAGUUAAUCGAAAUUUAAGAGCUUUAAAAACACUGAAUCUACCUACAGAGCACUGGGACAUUAUCAUAAUACACAUGGUGUCUGGUAAGUUAGACCCAGGCACACUACGUGACUGGGAAGAGAAACGCAAUAAUUUAACGAGAUUACCUACGUUACAAGAUUUUCACACAUUUCUAAAAAAUCGUGCUGACUUACUAGAGACAGUGGAAGAAUCAUCAACAUAUACAAAACAGCAACCAUCACGACGCAGACACAGCGAUAUUACUCACAACCGUCCAAAGACGUUUGUAGUUAACCAAACACAAAAACAAGCGCUGUUUAGAUGUCCUGUGUGCAAGAAUAAUCAUGCAAUUUACCAAUGUAUGAAAUUCAAAUCAAUGCCGAUUGAGAUGCGUCUUGACCGAGUUAAACAAUUAAAUCUAUGCACAAACUGUUUGCGUGCAGGUCAUGAUGAACAGCGCUGUAGGCUCAGUUCCUGUAAGCUGUGCACACAGCGCCACAACACUCUGUUACACAAUAAAAACACUGUUCUGGCAGCUUCAACUUCAUCAGCGGGCUGUGUAGUCUUGCCCACUGUGCAGGAACAGACUCAAAAGGAAUCGAGUGGUGUCACACUCUCAUCCACACAUCACAGUCAGGUACUUCUAUCCACUGCUAUGGUCAAUAUACAAGACUGUGGUGGUCAAACACAUAAAGUUCGUGUACUACUCGACAAUGGAAGUACAUCUAGUUUUGUCACAGAAACUUUACGAGCGAAAUUAGGAAUACGCAGUUAUUCUACUUCACUACUAGUACAAGGGUUAAACAAUCAGUCCUCAAAAAUUACAAAAAGAUGUGACGUCACCAUAUCGUCACUCACAAACAGUGGUUAUACAACUGACGUCAAUUGUUUUGUUGUACCACAUAUCACUCAGUUGAUACCUACUUCACAAAUUAAUUGCAAUUUCUUUUCCAUUCCCUCUCGCAUCCACCUCGCGGAUCCAACCUUCUCCACGCCGUCUGAGGUGCAGAUGUUGCUGGGGGCGGACAUCUUUUGGGAUGUCCUUCAAAACAAUCAUAUUGUCCUGGGAAAGAACAAGCCAACUCUGAUUGAAACAACAUUAGGGUGGCUUGUCACCGGCUCUAUACAAUCAAACACAAAAUUUAACACCAACAAUACAGUCCAUUGCCAUUUUCUAAACGACAAUGAGCUUGAUGAGAAGUUAGACAAAUUUUUCGAACUAGAAUCAGUUCCCUCUGCUCAACAAAUCCAUACUAAAGGUGAGAGUGACUGUGAACAAAUAUUUACACAAACAACAAAGCGCCACCCAGAUGGCAAAUUUAUUGUUACCAUUCCAUUAAAAGGAUCACCUGAAUCUUUAGGGGAUUCCAAACAACAAGCUCUAAUUAGGUUUCAAUCUUUGGAACGUAAAUUUAAACGCAACGCAGAGUUCAAAGAAAAAUACACAAAUUUUCUUGAAGAAUAUUUGGCUUUAGGUCACAUGUCAGAAAAUGAAACAAUACAAAACGACUGCAUUUCAUACUUCAUGCCUCAUCAUGGCGUUUUGCGGGAAAACAGCCUCACUACAAAAUUACGUACAGUCUUUGAUUGUUCAGCUGUAACAAGCACGGGUUUAUCAUUCAAUGAUAUUCAACAUAUUGGGCCAACUGUACAAGAUGAUUUACUUAGCAUAUUGAUUCGAUUUAGACAGCAUAAGUUUGUAGUAACGUCAGAUAUAGAAAAAAUGUAUAGACAAAUUUAUGUUAACAAUAAACAACGAUGUUUGCAACAAAUAUUUUGGCGAUCACACCCCAGCCAGCCAAUUAAACAAUAUAAAUUAAACACAGUCACAUAUGGGACCGCAUCAGCACCGUAUUUAGCAACUAGAUGUCUGGUACAGCUGGGACAAGAAUGCACCAAUGAGGAUGUUCGGGAAGCAAUUUUACACGAUUUUUAUGUAGAUGAUUAUAUAUCUGGGCAUGAUGAUGAAAAAACGUUAAUACAAAUAUGUAAAGGCGUCAUUCAGACGUUAGAAGGCGCACGUUUUCAUUUACGUAAAUGGCUGUCCAAUCAACCGUCUAUCCUGGAUGAUAUUGUUAGCGAAAAUAAUACAGACGAGUUAUUAAACUUAAACAAACAUGAUUAUACAAAAACAUUAGGUUUACUCUGGGCCUGUAAAAAGGACACAUUAUUAUUUGCAAUAAAUAAAAUAUCAAAUCAGCCAAACACAAAUAAACGUACAAUUUUAUCCACAAUUGCUCAAGUGUUUGAUCCACUUGGUUUAAUUAAUCCUUGCAUGUUACAGGCAAAACUCAUAUUACAAACACUAUGGGCUAAGAAUAUCACAUGGGAUGACCAGCUACCUGCUGAUGUUGAGUCACAAUGGCACGACUUUAUUAAAUACUUACCAGAAAUUACAAAAAUAGAAAUCCCUCGUAGAGUGUUAUGCAAUUCGUAUGUUAAGGUCGAAUUGCACGCAUUUUCUGAUGCCUCCAUUAAGGCCUAUUCAGCUUGUAUAUAUCUACGCUCAGUGUCUGAAACUGGGAAUGUACAAGUACAUUUGAUACUUGCAAAGGGCAGAGUGGCACCAUUGAAGCAAAGGCUGACUAUACCAAGGUUGGAGCUUUGCGGCGCCCUUCUCGCUACAAGGUUAACAAAAAAGGUAGUAAAUUCAUUACGUUUAAACAUUGACUCAACAUUUUUUUGGUGUGACUCAACUAUUGUGCUGGGCUGGAUCAAAACAUGCAAGUUAAAACUAAAACAAUUUGUAUACAAUAGAAUUAAUGAGAUCACUAAUAAUUCUGAUCCUAAUUCAUGGAACUACGUUCCCACAGAUAUGAACCCGGCUGACAUUGGUUCUCGCGGUCUUAAUGCAGCGCAACUUCAAUCUUCACUUUUGUGGUGGGGAGGUCCGCACUUCUUACAUCAAACAGAUGUGCAGUGGCCCACACAGCCACAAGAUGUGAAUAUUGCUAGUUUGCCAGAAAUGAAACAUCAAUGCCAUCUGUCAACUGAUGACUUUCAUUGUCAGAAUUUCAAUAUUUCUCAAUAUUUUAACAAUUUUUCUGAAUUUAGUAAAUUACAACGUAUCAUAGCUUAUGUAAAAAGAUUCAUUUCCAACUGUCAAUAUUCUCGCAAUAAAACAUCAGGUCCCUUGACUGUCACAGAACUAAAUACUGCAUUAGAAAUAUUGUGCAAACAAGUACAACGUGAUUCAUACUGUAAACAAUACUCACAAUUACUUAAUAAAGGCCCGCUGUCUCCUAAGGACAAACUUCUCAAAUUAAACCCUUUUAUUGACCAUGCAGGUAUAAUACGAGUAGGAGGUAGACUGUCAAACUCUCACUAUGAUUACAACACAAAGCACCCUAUCUUACUAGACGCAUCACAUCACAUAACUAAAAUAUUAGUCACACACUAUCACAAAAUUCUUUUACAUGCUGGACCACAGCUGUUGUUAUCAACGUUGCGACAUAAAUACUGGAUAGUCAAUGGUCGUAAUCUUUGUAGAAAUGUUACUCGAAAUUGCAUAUCCUGCCUUAGAUUUGCAGGCAAAACUUAUCAGCCUAUCAUGGGCAACCUACCUCUACAAAGAUUGCAAGCAGACUACCCUUUCAAUAAUACGGCUGUGGACUAUGCUGGUCCCAUCAUGAUGGCAAACAGAAAAGGUCGUGGCUGUCAGUUGAAGAAGGCAUAUAUUGCCGUUUUUGUUUGCCUGGCAGUGAGAGCGAUGCACAUAGAACUCGUCACCGACUUAAGUUCUAAAGGUUUCAUUGCAGCCUUAAAUAGAUUUAUUGCCCGCAGAGGUAAGCCAGCUGUGAUCUACUCCGACAACGGAACUAAUUUCGUGGGUGCUUGCAACGAAAUAGUUAGGUUUCUAAAAAAUCAAUCUAACGAUAUUAUUUCAUACGGUGCUGAAAACGAAAUUAAUUUCAAAUUUAGUCCAGCCUACAGUCCACAUUUUAACGGCGUAGCAGAAGGGUCAGUUAAAUCAAUUAAAAAACAUUUAACUCAUGUAUUGUCAAUGGCUCAUUUGGAUUAUGAAGAGAUGAACACUGUAUUGGUUCAAAUUGAGGCAAUACUGAAUUCUAGACCUCUCACUCCAAUUUCAUCUGAUCCAUCAGAUUUAGUUCCUCUUACACCAGCGCAUUUCUUGAUUGGACGAACGCUCACUAUGUUACCUGCUCCCCAGGUCGAUGAUACUCCAGUUCAUAUGCUUUCCAGAUAUAAAAGGAUACAAUUAUUAAAAACACAUUUUUGGAAUCGAUACUACAAGGAGUACGUUUCAGAAUUGCAGAUCCGAAAUAAAUGGCGCACAAAUAGAGGACAACCACAGCCAGGAGAGAUGGUUCUCAUUAAAGAUGAUCGGCUGCCCCCCAAUAGAUGGCUGCUGGGACGUGUCACCACAGUUUACCCAGGCGCUGACGGCGUCAACCGGGUGGCAGACGUAAAAACUACUUCAGGAACCUUACGCAGAGCUUGGAAUAGGCUCUGUCCAUUACCAGUUAUUUUGGACCAGAAAGAUGCAUCUGCUCCAAGAGGGCCAGUUUGUUAACGAACGAAGCGGUGCCCCCCCUCUACGUGCUGCGGGACGCGCGCGCGCCGCCGCCAUCCCAUUCCGCCACCGACCGGCCGUGCGAUCGCGCGCGCCCGCUGCACAAAUUUUUGUUGGAGCGUCCAUUACAAAGGAGCCUUCGUGAUUCAAGAAAACACGCGCGGCCAUCACAAGUUGCUGCCGCGUGUUACAUCAAGAAGCCUCGUUAACACUGACUCUAUAAUAUACACAGAACAUACAGUCCAUAUCAGAUCGCCUAAGUAGACUUAACAAAGUUUUUAAGAGGCUGUAUCUGUGACAAGAUCUAUUCAAGCUGCCUACCUGGUACUUGGCUUGUCGUCGCAUUUAAUUGGCUUUGAGCUAUCUCAAAAGAGGGUAAACAAAAAACGUAUUUCAAAAUAAUAAGAGCAAUAAUUGAAAUAAGAGCAUACAAAGGCACAUUAUUCAAACAUCCAUCAUUGAGAGAGACUAUGAUAUUUUUAUAACUAGUUUUAUUAUAACUUUAAAAAAAAAACAGACACGACAAUGCUGAGCUAAUCUAGUUUCAAUGGAGAACAACACGCUGCACUCAAGGCUUCAUUGACAUCACUACAGAGGGCCUAUUCAGAGCGCUCAAAAUAUUGACAACCCUUUUCAUGAGCCUGAAAAGCGACGAAAGAAAACGCAGACCCGAUUUUGCCUUACCACUCCCUUCAAUGGGACGCAUACGAAGCCGAACAAGCUGUAUUCGCUCGCAACUCAGUUCUGGUUCAAAUAAAGAGCUGUAUUUUCGUUUUAAAUUGCGAGAUAGGAUCUCGGCUCUCUUGGCGAAAAGGUCGUUUACUUGUGUCUGGACUGCGCGCUUUUGUCUAUGGAUGUUCUAGUGUGAUGAGGACGAAUGCGGCUUUGUGGGUCUUUUUACCAGUUUGUCUUGAAUUUAAACUUAAAUUCAUUGACCAAAAAAGUGUAUCAUUAAUACAUAGUAAGAAUUAUAUGUACUUAGCAUAGAACGAAGGGGUACAUUAAGUUUAAAAUAAAAUAAUGGAAGAUAAA